UAUGCGCGCUCUCCUCCUCUCCGCUAGGCGAGCGGGCCAUCUGUCCUUCCACCCUGAAGGUGGACAGGAUGAUAUCUGCUACCACUGGAGGCCCAAGACCCCAGAAGUGAUUCCCCCAAACAGCAGUGAGGCAAAAGGAAAGAGAAAGGGCUGCCCAGGAACGCCCACCGCACACGGUUUCCCUCAACCCGGAAGUGAUUCUCCCCUACGCCCCCCUCCACGGUUGAGAGGGAGGAGACCCAAAGCCCCGUCUGCCCGGCAUGCCCUGGGCUUCCGGUGACCUCUGGCCCUUUCCUGCCGUCCGCUCUCGCUUCCUAGCGUGCUCUCUGGCUCAUUGCUUUCCUUUGCUUGGUCGGGUCUUCCUUUUUACACUAYCUAGUGACUGUGGCGCCCGCGACUGUCAGGGAGGCGGUGGCAGAGGACACUCGACAUGGCCGCCUCUAAGCCGGUGGAGGCAGCAGUGGUCGCAGCUGCUGCGCCCGGCUCCGGGAGUGGAGUGGGCGGUGGCGGCGGGACUUCGGGCCCGGGCACUGGGGGUCUGCCGCGAUGGCAGCUGGCGCUGGCUGUAGGAGCGCCCCUGCUGCUGGGCGCGGGUGCCAUGUAUCUGUGGACCCGGCAGCGGCGGCGCCGGGAGGCAGGAGGCCGGGGCGACGCUAGCGGCCUGAAGCGCAACAGCGAACGAAAGACCCCGGAGGGCAGGGCCAGUCCUGCCCUGGGAAGCGGACAUCCCGAAGGUUCCGGUGCCCACCUGGAAAUGAACUCUCUUGAUAGAGCCCAAGCAGCCAAGAACAAAGGCAAUAAAUAUUUUAAAGCAGGAAAAUAUGAACAAGCUAUUCAGUGCUAUACUGAGGCUAUUAGUUUAUGCCCUACAGAGAAGAAUGUCGACCUUUCCACGUUUUAUCAAAACAGAGCUGCUGCCUUUGAACAGUUGCAAAAAUGGAAAGAGGUGGCCGAAGAUUGUACAAAGGCUGUUGAACUUAAUCCCAAAUAUGUGAAAGCUCUCUUCAGACGUGCAAAAGCCCAUGAAAAGUUAGACAAUAAGAAGGAAUGUUUAGAAGAUGUCACUGCUGUAUGUAUAUUAGAAGGGUUCCAAAAUCAACAAAGCAUGCUCUUAGCUGAUAAAGUUCUUAAACUUCUUGGAAAAGAGAAAGCCAAAGAAAAAUACAAAAAUCGUGAACCUCUGAUGCCAUCUCCACAGUUUAUCAAAUCUUACUUCAGUUCUUUCACUGAUGAUAUCAUUUCUCAGCCCAUGCUGAAAGGAGAGAAAUCUGAUGAAGAUAAAGACAAGGAAGGAGAAGCGUUAGAAGUAAAAGAAAAUUCUGGAUAUUUAAAAGCCAAACAGUACAUGGAAGAAGAAAACUAUGACAAAAUCAUAAGUGAAUGCUCAAAAGAAAUAGAAGCUCAAGGCAAAUACAUGGCAGAAGCAUUAUUACUCCGGGCUACCUUCUACCUGCUUAUUGGCAAUGCCAAUGCAGCCAAACCUGAUUUAGAUAAGGUCAUCAGUUUGAAAGAAGCUAAUGUGAAGCUUCGAGCAAACGCCCUCAUCAAAAGAGGCAGCAUGUACAUGCAACAGCAGCAGCCUUUGCUGUCUACUCAGGAUUUUAACAUGGCUGCUGACAUUGAUCCUCAGAAUGCAGAUGUUUAUCACCACCGAGGACAGCUGAAAAUACUGCUUGAUCAAGUUGAAGAAGCAGUGGCAGAUUUUGAUGAAUGUAUUAGAUUAAGACCUGAGUCUGCUCUGGCACAAGCUCAGAAAUGUUUUGCAUUGUAUCGCCAGGCAUAUACAGGAAACAAUUCUUCACAAAUCCAGGCAGCUAUGAAAGGUUUUGAAGAGGUCAUAAAGAAAUUUCCAAGGUGUGCUGAAGGCUAUGCACUGUAUGCUCAGGCAUUAACAGAUCAACAGCAGUUUGGUAAAGCUGAUGAAAUGUAUGAUAAAUGUAUUGAUUUGGAACCAGAUAAUGCCACAACAUAUGUUCAUAAAGGUUUACUUCAGCUUCAGUGGAAGCAAGAUUUGGAUAGAGGUUUGGAGCUUAUCAGCAAAGCUAUUGAAAUUGAUAACAAAUGUGAUUUUGCAUAUGAAACCAUGGGAACUAUUGAAGUGCAAAGAGGAAACAUGGAGAAAGCCAUUGACAUGUUCAACAAAGCUAUUAACCUGGCCAAAUCAGAAAUGGAGAUGGCUCAUCUGUAUUCACUUUGCGAUGCUGCCCAUGCCCAGACAGAAGUUGCAAAGAAAUACGGAUUAAAACCACCAACAUUAUAAAACAAGGGGAAAGGAGACUGACGUUCUUUUUAAAAGAAGUUUAYCCCCUCUUCAACGAACCCUAAGGACACUCAUGAACUGUGUUGAAUGGUGGAAACUUAGUAUUCCCCUUUGUGGUGUUGUCAUUCUUUACCUGUUUCAUGUUUAGGUGUUGUGGGCGUGGCUGUUGAAGGAAGUUCACAGUCUUGCAGCUUUUAUUCCCUGUGCAACAAAAGCUUAGAACCUGUUAAAGGGAUAUUAAAACAAAGUUGCAUAGUAAUAAUUUGGCCAUGCAAAUAAAAACUUUGAUUUGUUGA